AUGGUCUCGACACUCCUAGGAUGCCCGCAAAUGUUGGCAAGUCACACUUCUGAAAAUUCGGCCACUGAGCUUAAACAAAUUGUAACAAAUUGGGGCAUCGAAAAAAAAGUAAUCCUUACGGUUUCUGACAACGCAGCCAAUAUAAAAUCAGCUGUUGAAAACAAUUUGAAAUGGAAACAUUUGGGAUGCUUGGCACAUACGCUAAAUUUGAUAGUCAAAGACGGAUUUAAAUGUAGCGAUGAAAUUAAUUUAGUCAUCACCAAAACCAAAACAAUUGUCGGCUUUUUCAAACGAAGUUCAACUGCCAAUUUAAAACUAAUCGAGUAUCAACGAAACCAGGGUACGUCUCAGCCACUUAAGCUUCUGCAAGAUACUCCAACACGUUGGAAUAGCACGUUUUACAUGUUAGAACGCUUUCUGCAGCUUGAAGAGGCUAUAAAAACAACAAUUGCUUUAAGUAAUGCUGAUCUACCUUUAUUAAGCUUUACUGAGUGGAGUAUACUAAAACAGCUUUGCCAAAUACUUAAAACAUUUGAAAUGGUAACAAAAGAUUUUAGUGGCGAUUCUUAUGAAACUGCAUCAAUUGUGUUAACUCUUGUCAAUGGACUAAAAAAA